GCCGAGUCCACUGAGCACACAGCCAGGCAGCACACGUCAAGUCGAGGAGGUCAGACAGAGCGAAUCCUCCCCCCUCUUCUCUGCAAGACGAGUCGAACCCAUCGCAACAAGGCUGGAAUUAAUCGGCUACCUUUAGAGACGAAGACUUUGAUGAACGACGUCCUUGUUUUUUUUUUUUUUCAAAAGGAGGAGACGCUCGGCUUGUACUCUGACAACCCCGUUAGCUUCGCUAGCUAACGCGAGCUAGCUCAGUUAGCCGUUUACCCUACUCUCGUUUUCUUGUACGCAGCUGACCUCGAACACAGCACGGACGGGCAGAGUGUCGCUUGUUCGUCGUUUCGGGGUCGUUUGCCCCCCCCCCUCCUCCUUCCCCUCCGCCCCCCUGGCUGGACAUCCCCAGCUCCCUUCGUCGCUGCGUGGCGCCCAGCGGACGGUUCUCGAAUAUGAUACACAAUGAGUCAAAGAGAUACCUUAGUUCAUCUGUUUGCUGGGGGAUGUGGGGGCACGGUGGGAGCCAUACUGACGUGUCCGCUGGAAGUGGUGAAGACUCGUCUGCAGUCGUCCUCCAUCACCCUCUAUGUGUCUGAGGUCCGCCUAAGUACUGUCAAUGGGGCCAGCGUGGCCCGCGUGUCUCCACCAGGCCCCCUGCACUGUCUAAAAUUGAUUUUGGAGAAAGAGGGACCUCGAUCUCUCUUCAGAGGCUUGGGGCCAAAUUUAGUGGGCGUGGCACCUUCCAGAGCAAUCUACUUUGCUGCCUACUCCACCGCCAAAGAGAAGCUGAACGGCGUGUUGGAAGCGGACUCCACGCAAGUGCACAUGCUGUCGGCUGGAAUGGCAGGUUUCACAGCCAUCACAGCAACAAAUCCAAUAUGGCUGAUAAAGACGCGCCUACAGUUGGAUGCAAGGAACCGAGGAGAGCGGAGGAUGAGCGCCUUCGAAUGCGUCCGUCGGGUGUAUCGAGCAGACGGCUUUCGAGGCUUCUACAGGGGGAUGUCAGCAUCUUACGCCGGCAUCUCAGAGACUGUGAUCCACUUUGUUAUCUAUGAAAACAUUAAGCGCCGCCUCCUGGAGGCCAAGGCGCCACAGAACAUGGACGAGGAAGAGGACGCAUCGAAAGACGCCUCGGACUUUAUUGGGAUGAUGCUCGCCGCCGCCACGUCCAAGACCUGCGCCACAUCUAUCGCUUAUCCUCACGAGGUAAUCCGCACCCGGCUACGAGAAGAGGGCACCAAGUAUCGUUCCUUCUUCCAGACUCUAACCACAGUACCCAGAGAGGAGGGCUACCGCGCCCUGUACCGCGGCCUCACCACCCACCUGGUACGCCAGAUCCCCAACACCGCCAUCAUGAUGUGCACCUACGAGCUGGUGGUCUACCUCCUGAACGGUUAAAACCCCUCCCUCCCCCCCCCUCAGAGAGUUCAUGUAACCUAACCCCCCCAACCAGAGCAGGAGAGGAGAAAACGGGAGCGCCCGCACACUAGCUAGCACCGCUAACGAUCCGCUUGAUGGAAACGGGUAGCAUCUCCUAAACGAGGCCUCGGAGUUUUUGUUCGACAACCAAAGGAAAUGGCACAAGGGGUCCUCACAUUCAGUCUGGAAAUCAGUGGUUACCCUGUUUUUUUGGUUUCUGUUCUGCCCCUUGUUCCUGCUCAUUCACGUCUCCAGCUUUUCCACGUGUUCAUCCGUUCUUUUACGUCUGUACGCGCCCGACUGAAGAGGUUUCUGGCAACUCCCAUAAAGAGGUGCAGGAAGCCUCGAAGUGCGUCUUUUUUUUAUUGCGGUAGCAUCGUGUCUCACUGGAAAAUGUGGCACAUUUCAGCCCUGAAUUUGACUGCAUUUAAUCAGUUAGUAAUUUGAAUGGAUUACUGGUGGCACAAAUAUUGGUACUGCCUGUAGGACAGCACUUAGUCUCCUGUAACAUCUGUAGGUCGAAGGUUGGAGCAUGCAAACAGGGGGAUCUUUGUCCAUAAUCUUUUCCAUAAUCUCUGAGAUUUGUCCAAGACCCUCUCCCAUUAUUAUUUUUUUUCCCUUUAAACUCACCACAAAGUGUUUCGCUUGUAGUUUGUGGGGACAGAGAUGGCCAAGGAGGAAAGUUUCCUCACGGAGCUGAUGGCGUCUUUAGAGCCAUUUCUACCGCCGUGCUCACUGGCAGGUCCCCCAGCAUAUCUGCCAGUAGAGCUGUACGUUCAGUAAAACGUGAUUACGAUAUUAUCGAGUAUUUAGAUUGAUUUAAGGUCAGUCUCCACUCCUUUUAUCCUGACAUGAUCCUCCACAUUCCCUCAGCUCUCAGCCACUAAAAUAUACAUCAGAUGUUGGCAUCUAGGGCAACUGGCCAGAUGUGUCACCGGCAUGCAGAGUGAGAAGGCCCAGCACCUAAAAUAUAAUAUCUUAGUAAAAAUGGCGCACAAAAAUCCAUUGCCGCUUGUGAUCUAAAGCAGCGCUAAAAGAGUGGCUAAAAGAAAGGGGCCUUUGUUUCAUGCAUUGAUGAAAUAUGAAUGAGAAAAAGGCUUCAGGGAUGUUUGUCUUAAAGGGGUCCCGGUAAUUGUGCCACCCGUAUUUGACUUUCUUCCACUGACUAAAUAUAAAUAAACUACAGGUUAGAUUGUUUGUUUGUUUUAAUCGCGAGAUUAUGUUGCUGCAAUAAAAACGUGCUUACUCGAUAUUUUUACAGCUGUUCUAACCAGACAAGCCGGCACAUUAAUCUAAAUCGCUUCAAACCGCGUCGGAUGGAGCGAAAACCAGCUGAAAGCCUUUCUGGUCCUGACGAAUUAAAGCAGCACCCAGUCAGUCAGAGUUAAGCGUGAGGUGGGACGAUGGGGGGGGGGGGGAGAUGACGUGCCUUGUGUGAAGACGCAGAUGAGUCGCACCCGUUUUCCUUUGAAAGCUUUUCAGCAUCUCCAUCCGUGUUUCCAUGAGGACGACUGACGCGUUUCUGGAGUUCACACGGGAUUUAAAGUCAGCUUUUAGAUGAGGCCUGGGUAGGCUCGUCCGACCUCUGAACCACGACCUCUGAACCAUGGGCCGUUUGCGGUGAAUGACGGUGGAAGUAAUCAAACUACAGCAGAACAGGAUCCAGUUCUCAGAUUAACUGAAUGUACAUAAAGAGCGAGAGCUGAGGAAGGCUAAAAUACUCACCCAUGGUGUGAAUUAAAAAGUUAAUAUAAUUAACAAAUUUUAACUAAAAUUGUGAUUUUUGAUACAUAUUCACAUAUAUAAAUGUAUAUUACCUCUAAAAUGUGAUUGUGUUGCAGUUUUGAGCCCUUUUUUUUGGGUGGGUGGGGCGGGGGUGGGGGGGUAUUGAGGAUCUUCUCUGAAGGGCAGCAGACUUGCCUACUAGCAGUUACCUUCAUCUCCACAAAGGGUGUUGUUCAGAUAGCACUUUUCCCGCCCUUUCACCAGAACGCUCGUCUACGUUGGUCUUUUGUCUCGACCUCGCGGAGGAG